AUCAUUACUGUGUCUAUAUACUUUUGAGUCUCUGUUCUCACCAUCUCCCAAAACUCUCCUCCACCGCCAUUCUGCCACUCCACUCUCCUCCUCCCACAGAUCAGACACGAACCCUAAAACUUGAUGAGUUUUUCCAUCUCAUGAUUGCUCGGUUUCGAAAUGGGUAAUUGCUGCGCUAGCACCGCCGUGAAAGGGCCGUCGUAUUCUCAUCCCGCGCCAAACUCCAAACACAGAAUUACAUCUCCGCCGCUCAUCACCCACCCGUUGCUGGAGGAGGAGACGGUUAAGGAGGUUCUUUCGUCUGAAACCCCCACCGUUAAUGUUCCCAAGCUUGCUAAACCACCUGUGGAUAAUAAUGGGCCCCACAAACAUCCACCACUCAGCCCGGAGCCGGAGAACGGCGGCGAUCUCAAGAAACCCCCCGCCGCCGUGACGGAUUUCAACCCCGACGACCUCUCGGAGGACUUCUCCGCCUCGGAGAUCUGCAGCACUCUCAGCGAGAGCCUUCCCGCCACCACGCCGAUCGAGAAGCCGCAGAGGUCGCCGGCGAGGGUUCGAAACCGGGCAUUUCCCGGCGAGAAAUCGGUCGGAAACUCGCCGUCGAGGCGGUUCGAACCGUCGUCUCUCGGCCGAGUCAGAUCGGGAACCGGGAGAGAUAAUUCUGCUCGCCGCUCCCCUGCCAACCGGCCAAGGAGAGAAAACUACGAAAACGCUGGCCGGAGGUCAGUGUCGCCGGCGAUGAGGAGGGAAAACGGAGGAGCAAGAACGGGUUUGGUUCGGAGCCCGUCCGUCAGGAAAACCGGAAAGUCACCGGGUCGGGUAAGAUCCGACGUGGGCGACAAGAACCGUAAGUUGGAGGAAAACCGUGGCAACAAAGAAAAAUGGGAAACGACAAAUAGCAACGAUUUGCUGGAAAACCCACUUGUAUCCCUGGAAUGCUUCAUUUUCCUUUAGGACUUGUACGGGUUGAACCGUAAUUUCAAUAUAAAACAAGGGAAAAAGUGAAGGGGGCAUGGGGAAGGAGUAGUUGAGAUUGAUUGAGAACAUUUAUGGAGGAUGGCCAGCUGGUUAUAAACAAUGGGGUUGACUGGGGGUCUUCUAUUCCAGAUGCUUCUGCACUACACAUGAUUUUUAAUGUAAUUUGCAUAUUAUCACCCAUAUUAUAUACCUUCAAAUAAUAAUUGUCGAUUUUUUUUCAUUA